AUGUCUAUCCAGCUAGGUACGGGCGGGAUCUCGCUGGGGUGGGCGUCUACGAUGGAGGAGAAAUUGAAACUCGUCGAAGCCGAAUCGGUGAAGAGGUUCGCCUUUUUCGGUGUUGCCGUCUCAACUGUGGCCACCCUAACAGCCAUUGUGGCCGUACCUAUGCUCUGCAUGUACAUGCAGAAUGUACAAUCUGGUCUCCAAGACGAGAUCAAUUUCUGCCGAACUCGUGCUGAAGGACUUCGGGGAGAGUACACAAAGAUCGAAUCGUUCCGCAAGGUCGAGGCUCGUGAGAAGAGGCAGACCUACCAAUGCUGCUCUUGCGGCAUGGGACCUGCUGGACCUGUAGGAAACCCAGGACAGGAUGGAGCUCCAGGAAAUGAUGGACGACCAGGAGCCCCAGGAGCACCAGGACCCGAUGCUCCCAACGAUCACGUUAUACCUCGCCCUGAAGACUUCUGCUUCGAGUGCCCACCCGGCCCCGCUGGAUCCCCAGGACAGCCUGGACCCAAAGGACCCCCAGGAAACAAUGGAGCGCCAGGAGAGCCAGGACCCAACGGCCGACCAGGUGCUCCAGGUGCCCCCGGACCUCAAGGACCACCCGGCCAACCCGGCAACGACGGACAA